AUGGCAGAUCCAUACAACGCUUACAACUCAACGCCCACGCCGAGCGGCGUUGGCUACUAUCCCCCAGAGGAUCAGCCUCACCACCCGGCAUAUGGCCAGCCAUACGGAAACCAAGAACCAUACCAUAACCCCGGAUCAGCGCAAUACAAUCCCGGACCAGAGCCUUACCAGCCCAGUCCAAACCCAAACCAAGCCUAUGCUCCACAGCACAGUUCACACCUUGCGCCCGAGCCAUAUGCAUCCUCCAUGGAGAGAAGCUAUACGCCGACAGGGCAGCCAGACUAUCUUGGGCCAGUGACUCCAACAGGAUACCAAAGUGCACAAGACAGGAUCCCUGGGAACGCAGGAUACUACAACGACCAUCCAGCCGACCAACCACGGUACACACCCUCCGCAAGUCCCCACCCUCCCGCUGUCUAUAUAUCAGAACCAGAAGAUUCACAGCACGCUCGCGAACAGCGCUCCGAUACAGAAACCGACACUGACCGGGGUAUUGACCGUGGGCUCGGUGGUUCGCUGGCUGGCGGCGUGGCGGGCUAUUACCUCGGUCAUAAGAAAGAACAUGGCUUACUUGGUGCGAUUGGUGGUGCUCUACUCGGGAACUUCCUAGAGGAGAAAGUGAAGGAUCACAAGAGGCAUGGCGACGAUAGUGAACAUGAGCAUGGACAUGAGCACCAUCGCCGUCACCGUCACCACCAUCAUCACCACCAUCAUGGCCAUCGGAGCCAUUCGAGGCACAGUAGUCACAGCGGUCACAGCGGGCACUCUCAUAGUUCUGGUCAUACCAGCCACUCAAGGCACCGCGACGAGGAUAAAUACUGA